AUGUCUGAGCAGUACGGAUACGGUAACCAACAGAACCCCUACGACCAGCGCGGUCAGGGCUACGGCGGUCAACAACAACAAAACCCUUAUGCAGGGCAAGGAGGCUACGGACAGCAGCAGAAUCCCUACGCCGGCGGCGGCGGUAACAGCCGCUAUGGUAACAACAAUAACUCAUCGAUGGAUGGUGGCUAUGCCGGCUCCAAUGUUGAGAUGGCUCCCCUCGCCCAGAACGCUGGCUCGAUGGCCGGUAACGAUGGCAACGCCAUCCUGAACGAGUGCCGCGAUAUCGACACGGGCAUCAGCCAGAUUGAGCGCAAUCUUGAGCAGCUGCGCAUGCUCCAGCAGCGAACCCUCGACGAUGCCGACAGCUCCUCCUCGAGCGCAGCCAACCGACAGCUCGAUGCCCUCUCGUCCGAGACUAUGGCCCAGUACCGUGAACUGACGGAGCGCGUCCGUACCGUCAAGUCGAGCCCCGAGGCCAACACUCCCAAGAACAAGCCGCAGGUCGGCCGUGUCGACCGGCGCCUGAAGCAGGCCAUCCAACAGUACCAACAGGUCGAGUCGGGCUUCCGCAAGCGCACCCAAGACCAGAUGGCCCGUCAAUACCGCAUCGUCCGCCCCGACGCCUCGGAGCAGGAGGUGCGCGCUGCCGUCGAGGACACGAGCAACACCCAAGUCUUUAGCCAGGCCCUUAUGCAGAGCGGCCGCCAGGGACAAGCACGCGCCGCCCUCUCGGCCGUCCAGGACCGCCACAAGGCGCUCGUCAAGAUUGAGCAGCAGAUGGUGGAGCUGUCGCAGCUCUUCCAGGACAUGGACACCCUCGUCGUGCAGCAGGAGGCCGCCGUCAUGCAGAUAGAGCAAAAGGGCGAGGAGGUCGUCGAGAACCUCGACAAGGGCAACGAGGAGAUGGGCGUCGCCGUCAACACGGCCCGCAAGACGCGGAAAAAGAAGUGGAUCUGCCUGGGCAUCUGUGUCGCCAUUCUUGUCGUCAUCGUCAUCAUCGUCCUCAUCUACAUCUUUGUCAUUCGCGGCCAAAACAGCGGCGGCAACAACAACAACAACGGUGGCAAGCGUGCCGUUGAAAUUACCGCCCGCGCUCUGCUUCCUAACAUCGAAGCUCGUGUUGCGGAUGGCCAAGCAGGCAUGUCACAGCUCGCGCGGCUGUUGCAGGACCGCGUGCAUGUGCCGCAAAUUGCUCGCCAGUAA